AUGCAGGAUUUUCUAGAGAGCAGCGAAAAAUAUCGGCGACCAGAGGCAAGCUGGCGCCGGAUGCUUAUUCAGCAACCACCUAUCAUGGCGCUGGGAUGGGCGGAGCGUAACGUGUCGCCAUCCGAAGGGACAGACCUACAUCGCUGGGAGAUUCCACUACAAGCACUUGGUGGGUUAAAAAUGAACAUGCUGUAUGAUCUGGUCGUGAACACUUCGGAGGCUCUAUUUCAGAGUCCUAUGGUCGCAAAAUCCAUGUUCGCCGUCUAUCAGUUCGUACAGGAUCGAUGGGUCACUCAGACAUGCAAUGCAGGGUGCGGAUCUGGUUCUCGAUAUGUGGUAUACAAGUCAAAUGAUAUAUCAGAAUGGUCGAAAGAUACGUGGACACGGGAACUUGUGCGGGAGCUGAAGCUCGCUAUAGAUGACGUUGAUAUUGAUCUGAUGCGCUACAUGAUAGAUCUGAAGGAAUUCAAGAGCUGGAAUUUGGCGGAAGAGUUAGGUGAUAUCGCUAGAGAAAGAGGACUAUCGACUAUGGUAUGCCCCUUCCUGAUGAGGACGACCCGGCCCUGUUAG